AUGGGCGUCCUUUAUCUGAUAGCACUUAGUGGACUCUUCAGAUUAGUCUACUGUUAUGAAAAUCUGUGUAGACGACCUACAACAGUACUCACUCAAAGCUCGACCUACGAUAAACAUGAGGCUGAUUUUGCUAAUGAUGGCGAUGUAACUUCUAUAAAGAGGUUUUGUGCCAGCACUGAUAUUAAACGCCCCAAGGCUUGGUUACAGGCAGAUCUCGGAGAGUCGUUUAGUAUAAAGAGUGUAAAACUCUAUUUUGCAAACGAUGAUUUUUGGAUAUUGGCACAUAAUAGAGAGUUUUAUCUUGAUGUCUCUGAGCUCCCAGCAAGACACUCAACAACAAAACAACGAACCCGCUGUUACACCGACACUACGUCCGCCCCAGAAUUGCCUCGGAAUAUAAUAAACAUACCAUGUAAUCACACAGGAAGAUAUGUCAUUGUGGAGACCAAUUACAUCUUGCCGAGAGAAGAAGGGGCUAUCCUUGAAAUAUGUGAAAUAGAAAUUCUCGGAUGUGAGGUUGGUAGAUUUGGUGAAAAUUGCAAGCAGUGCAUUGGAUGUCACACAUGUGAUAUUGUUAGCGGAGAAUGUGUAUUCACUCCAAUAACAAAACAACAGAAUGUAAACGAAGAGAAGAAUUUCUUUUUGUAUGCCGUUAUUGCAGUCCUUUGUAUAAGUCUCACAAUGAAUGGAUUCAUGUUAACCUGUAUUUUAAGACAAAGAACAUCUAGAAUUCGGAAUGCAACACAAGAGAUAAAACGCUGUGCAGCCCACGGAAUCAAUAAUACAAUUUACCAAGAAUUACGUCAGGUCGGUGGAUCACCUCAGUACGACCAGCUUCAGAUUUCCAGUCCUGGGUUCAUGAGGCGAUGAACAGCACAUCUACUGGUUACUAAAGCGCUUGACAUUAAGGUAUCCGAUCCAUAUUAGGACCAAAUUUUCCA